GAGAAAACAAGUUUCGCCGAAGACUAUAAAUGGUUGGAAGUAAUAAUACAACGUUAGUUCCGUUUGCAUCUCUCCUUGAUUUCGACACCAUGGUCAGCAAGGUUGUUCUCGUUGCCUUCGUGGCCCUGUGCUGCAGCCAGGCUCUUGUGUCUGCGGCCCCGAAGUCAACCUCCGACAGCAAAUGGGAUCAGUGCCUAAAGAAAUUGCCAGCGCGCGUUGUUGUUGACGCCUACUCUGUGGUUGAUACCAUCUUGCGCUCCCACCACCGUACAUCAGACGAGGCUACUGUCCAGUGCUUCAAUAAGUACCAGAGCGACACCAAAGCCGAAGCUGAGUGCAAGAGGGCCGCAUUUGAGGCGUUGUACAGCAAAAUAAACCAAAAGGCGCAAGAGAUCCAAGAGGUCAAGAAGACAUUCGACAAAAUCAGUGAUGACUGCACCGGCGCACAGCUCGCCGACUCGUGGAUCCCCGAUUGGGCGACUUGCACGAGCGCAUUGACACUGAGCGUCAUCCAAAACACAAGGACAACGCUUGACGACGUUCUGAAGACUAUCAACUCCGUCGACGCUGACCUUCAAGCCUGCGACGCAAACGCCACAAGCGAGGCCGCCCUCGAUGCUUGCAAAACUCAGGCCCAGAAAGCAAUGUACCUAGGAAUUAGUUAUGCACAGGUUAAGAAGGUCUGGAAAUCAUUUAACGAAGUUUCUGCAGAUUGCCUUGCCCCAUUGCCGUAAGAGCGACGACGCUGACGAGGCUGCUCUCGAAGCUUGAAAGAAGGCCACCUUGAACGAGAUGUACCUCGGAAUUCAUGCAGAGGGAGAGAGAGAGAGAGGAGGUCAAAGGCAUCCGUAAAUUAUAUGAACGAGUUUUAUUAGACUUCCUCGUCCACGGGUUCGGUUAAAUUGUUGUUUUACGCACUUGAUUGUAAUCGAUGAAGGUGGCUGGUUUAAAGACAAUAAAAUACCGAGUAUGCUUCCUGCUAAUAAACUA